UGAUUUGUUCGUCAAUUUUAACAUCAUUUAUUUGUUUCAGAACAACAACAAUGUCCACCAAGAACAUUCUCCUGUGGAGCUGGAGACAGAUGCAUUCCAGAUUAUCUAUAUUGUGAUGGUCGGAAAGAUUGUGAUAACGGCGCAGAUGAAGCCAACUGCACACCCGGAGGUGGUGCCACUUGCCAAGAAGGCUACAUAGCAUGCCGCGAAGGCUACUGCAUCGAGGAGUACAAGCAAUGUAACGGUUACCCGGACUGUCCGAGCGGCAGUGACGAAGAAAACUGCCCGACUCUAGCUCCUUCGACGACUAUCGCUCCAUUAGGUGAGUGCAAGGAUUCAGAAUUCGAUUGUGGAGAAGGCCAUUGUAUCAGUCUCACGUACCGCUGUGACACAUUCGAUGACUGUUUGGAUGGACGAGAUGAACGAGACUGCGGACCCUGCUCCGAAAAUGAGUUCCAAUGCGCUUACGAUCAAUCCUGCAUCGCCGCAUCUAAGCAAUGCGAUGGAGUCUCAGAUUGCGGCGAUAAUUCCGACGAAGCAGAUUGUGAACGUACUCCAAGUCCUGUAAGAUGCAACUCGCAGCAGUGGCGAUGCGACGAUGGUACCUGCAUCGAUGCCCACCGUCAAUGUGAUGGCGUUAAUGACUGUCCAGAUAACUCUGAUGAGAUUUCAGAUUUGUGUCGUGUUUGUGCAAAUAACCAAUUCCAGUGUAUUGAUAAUUUCAACUGUAUUUCCCUGAGUUUGCGCUGUAACGGCAGGAAUGAUUGUAAUGACGGUUCUGAUGAGUAUAAUUGUCCAACUCAACCACCAACUUUUCCUCCAGAACCUCAACCGGUUAGCUGUCCCGAAGGUCAACUGCCUUGCAAAUCUCAACCAGAUCAGUGUGCAAGAUAUUGCGAUGGUAGAGCUGAUUGUAACGAUUUCUCAGAUGAAACUAACUGCUCAACCUCUUCAGACAACCUUAAUUUGAAAACGUAUCCAAGCAGUACGGAAGAAAAAGAACGACAAGAAGUUGUGCUCACUUGCAGAGACGAAGGACAGACCAGAGCUCAAGUUUAUUGGGCCAGAGCCAACGGAGCUCCUCUACCACCCGGUACCACCGACGUCCACGGUCGACUUACCAUUCCCAACAUCCAACUGGAGCAUUCUGGAACUUACCUGUGUAUAGCUAGAGGCUUUCCUCCCAACGCACCAGGUACCAGAGCUUCGGUACCGGUCACCGUAGUAAGAAGACCAAUUCGACCACCUCUACCACCCUCAGAAUGUAAUCCGGUGUAUGAAGCAACUUGCUCUAAUGGAGAUUGUAUACCAAGAUCAAAGCUUAGAGAUGGACACUUUGACUGUUCCGACGGUUCCGAUGAGGACGGUUACAGGCCUGGUGGUUGUGAACCCAAUGAAUUCCAAUGCGACAACAAAAAGUGCAUCCUUAAAACCUGGAUGUGUGACUCUGAUGACGAUUGUUCAGACAAUUCUGAUGAAAAGAACUGCGCCACAAAUCCUCCUGGAUCAAUGUGUCAAUACCAUCAGUUCGCUUGUCAUUCGAGCAACCAGUGCAUUCCAAAAAGUUACCACUGCGACAUGCAAAGCGAUUGUGUAGAUGGAAGCGAUGAAGUUGGAUGUUCUAAACCUGUCAUAUCCAGACCACCUCCACCAAUGGUAUCUCUAAACGUAGGAGAAAUCUUCGAAAUUUCCUGUACAGCUGUCGGAAUUCCCACCCCCGAAAUAGUCUGGCGUCUUAAACUGGGGCCACGUACCAGCCAAGUGUAGAAUGACCAGCAGUAACGGUGUUGGUACCUUGAUUUGCGAAAAUAUCCAAGUGGAAGAUCAAGGAGCUUACUCCUGCGAAGCUAUCAACAUUAAGGGAGCCACUUUUGCCGUACCUGAUACGAUACUCAGUGUGAAACGCGACAAUCCUUGCAGACCAGGGUACUUUAAUGUACAAGCCAGAAACGAAGGAGAAUGUAUUAAAUGUUUCUGUUUCGGACAUACUAGCAGCUGUAGAUCUGCUGAUCUAUUUACAUUCCAAUUCCAACCACCAUUCGAUGCAUUCAAGAUGUUAGGAGCCCGCGUAGAUCCAUCAGGAUCUGUCGAUUUUAGAGACGAACCAAUCUAUACGGGAGCUGAACCCUCAUUAACUCCAUUAGGUCCACAAGGUGUCCUAGCAACUGUUCCCUCAGAUUCUAGAUUAAGCCAACUGAACGUGAUUCCAUACUUCACUUUACCCGAAAACUACAAUGGUAAUCAACUGAAGAGUUACGGAGGAUAUCUCAAUUACUGGAUCAGACAUUCCAACAGAGGAACUCCACUUCAAGGACCCAACAUUAUUAUAAGCGGAAACGGAUAUACCCUUCUGCACAGCUCUUCUCACUCACCGGCACCAAACACUGACGAAAACAUCAGAGUACGAUUCUUCGAAGGCGAAUGGGUCGAGAGAUCGCCAGGUUCCCGCGAAAAGGUCGCUACUAGAGAAGAAAUUAUGAUGGUGCUCGAAAACGUCGACAAAAUCUUGAUCAAGCUUCAGUACAACGAAGGUACGCUAAACACCAGCAUUACUAACGUCGAAAUGGACUCUGCCGGUAUAUCUAAUGUCGGACUUGGACCUGCUAGUUACGUUGAGGAAUGUAGUUGUCCUGUUGGUUACUCUGGAACAUCUUGUGAGAAAUGUGCACCUGGAUUCUCACGUCAAAGAAACGGACCAUGGUUGGGAUUGUGUACCAAAGAACCAGUCCAAUGUCCUCCAGGCAUGUACAACGACGGAAGAGAAUGUCAAGUGUGCCCAUGUCCACAUACUACGCCCGAAAAUCAAUUCGGCAGAACCUGUCAACUAGGUGCCGACGGCGACGUCGUCUGCAACUGCCCACCAGGUUAUGUAGGCAACCGAUGUCAGUCUUGCGCCCCAGGAUACGAAGGUAAUCCUCUAGUUUCCGGCGAUUCUUGCAAGCCUGUUAGACCACCACCGCGACCAUAUUGUGACCCCGCUGGAUCAGUUGACACUAGACCCGAUCAGUUCGGACGUUGUAGAUGCAAGAAUUUGGUAACUGGUCCUACGUGUAACCAAUGUAAGGCCAACUCUUUCCACCUGAGCACCCAGAAUCAAUUCGGAUGUGUCUCCUGCUUCUGUAUGGGAGUAUCUUCGCAAUGUUCAAGCUCCAAUUGGUACAGAGAACAGGUAUCCAGCAUCUUCGUGUCUUCACAACAAAACUUCCUAAUUGUCGGCAACUCUGACAGAGAAACCCCGAUCACACAAGGCAUACGAUUAGACUCCCAAAGCCGUCAAAUUUCGUACAGUGGAUUCAGAUCUUCCGAUGUGUACUACUGGUCGCUUCCAUCUCGGUACUUGGGCAACAAGUUAACGUCCUACGGUGGUUACUUGAGAUACUCUCUACGUCACACACCAAUACCGGGUGGCCAGAGUUCUAGAAACAACGCAGCCGAUGUCGAACUCGUCAGUAAAAACAAAAUCAAUCUUUUGUACUACAACCGCAACCAAACUCAACAAAAUCCAAACGCGCCCCAAACUUUCGCAGUACCCGUAUUGGAACAGUAUUGGCAGCGUAUCGAUGGACAGUUGGCCGAUAGAGAACACCUUCUUAUGGUCCUGGCCGAUCUUGAAGCUAUCUACGUCAAGGCUACUUACUUUACAAACACCCAGGAGUCUUCUCUAAUUUCUGUCUCUUUGGACAUCGCUAACGAACGCAACACAGGUUCUCUUCAAAGAGCCGUGGAAGUCGAACAAUGUCAUUGUCCACUUGGUUACACUGGUUUGUCUUGCGAGAAUUGUGACGUUGGUUAUACCAGAACACCAAACGGUUUGUACCUUGGGCUCUGCGAGAUUUGCGACUGUAAUGGAUAUUCAAACGAAUGUGAUCCGGAUACCGGACUUUGCUUGAAUUGCAAAGACGGCACUACUGGAGACUACUGUGACGAAUGUUUGCCCGGGUAUAACGGAGAUCCAUCUAACGGAGUACCUUGCACCUACAGAGGAACUCCACCACCAUGUAAUUGCGACCCUAGAGGUUCUCUUUCCUCCGACUGUAGAGACGGAAGAUGUGCUUGCAAAGUGAACGUUGAAGGCAACAACUGUGACCGUUGUCGCAGUGGAUCUUUCGGUCUCAACUCCAGCUCAAUCGACGGUUGUGAGUUCUGUUUCUGUUCUGGUAUCGUAUCCGAGUGUAGCGAAAGCAAUCUAUACAUCGAACAAAUUCCUUAUCAGAUCACUAAGGCUGCCCAUGGAUUUACUAUAACUGAUAUUUUACGCCGCACCAGAAUUACUGAUAACUUUGACAUCGACGAAUUGAUGAACGAAAUCAGCCACGGGUUCCUACCAAGCAACAGAGAAACUCUUUAUUGGUCGCUACCAAGCACCUUUACUGGAAAUCAAAUUAAAUCUUACGGAGGAAGUUUGGAGUAUUCUCAGAGGUUCACACACAGGCCACAAGCGAGAUAUGUUCCCGAUAAAGACGUUAUUAUCAUCGGUAAUGGAAUUACAAUCUUCUGGACCAAUCCUGCAGAACAAAGGGAAGGAAUUGUUAACCCUGUUUCAGUAAGAAUUCACCCCUCAGCCAACUGGUUCCGAUGGGAUCAGAAUCAGGGACCUAAGCCAGCUUCUAGAGAAGAUAUUCUUACCACUCUGGCUAAAAUCGACGCCAUUUUGAUUAGAGCUACGCAAUCUAGCGAUACUGGCACUGCAUACUUGAGCGACAUUACUCUUGACACUGCCGUUGAACAGAUAACUGGAAAUUCCCGGGCUACCAGCGUAGAAGUCUGUAGAUGUCCUCAAGGAUACGAAGGCUCCUCCUGUGAAUCUUGCGACGCCGGAUACUACAAAGAUCUCUACUACGAUCAAUCCAGACCAUUAGGAUCGUGUUCCAAGUGCCCGUGUAACGAAAAUGAAGAGAGUUGCGAACUAGGUCCAGAUCAUAGGGUAGUUUGCCAUUGCAAGCCUGAAUUUACAGGCAGAAACUGCGAAUUUGAAGCGAAUAGCACAUCUGUAGGCGGUAUUGAAAUGGAGAUAACGCCGUCUGAGGUCGUGGCUCCGAUCGGUACUCAAGUGCGAUUCACUUGUAAGUAUCGUAAAGCAUCUUCUCCGGAUCUGUACAUAAGCAUUGAGAGUUUAAACAUUCACGACAUUCAAGAAACGAGAUAUCCGGGUGGAGCUGCCACCAGUUUUACCCAUAUUGUGAGUUUUAACCCUCAGACUAUCAGAUGUGUCGUAAGGAAUAAGGCGAGAAUGGAGAUAGGCAAUAUUUACGUCUUUGUUACUCCAGUUGGCUUCACCACGACAACUGAAAACCCAGAUACCACCACAAAUCCUAACCCAGAAGUGACUAUCGAUGUGACGAUUGAAGAUACCAACAUCGGUAUUUAUGAAGUUGGCAGCAGUGUUAGGUACAACUGUUCCGCAAAGUCACGAUUUGUUAUAAGGCCUGUUAGAAUUAAUUGGAGAAAAGCCGAUGGCGAUCUACCAUCUCGUGCCAUUGACGAUGGAAAUGGUCUCCUGGUAAUCACAGAUUUGCGAGUAUCUGAUUCUGGUCGAUACAUUUGUGAAGCCAGCGAUGAUUACACGAUAGUGACAUCCAGUGUUGACUUAAAUGUAGGAGUUCCACAAGACAGGCCUCCUAGAAUAGCCCUAUCCCAACCAUACGUAGACGUUAACGCAGGUCAGCCGGUAGAAAUUCAGUGUGUUGGAAAUGGUGUACCUGCCCCACAAAUCAGUAUCGUUAGAGCUGAUGGCCAACCUCUAAGUUCAGGACAGCGAUUUGAAAACGGCCUCUUCCGCAUAUACCAAUCGCGAGUCUCCGAUUCCGGCGAUUACAACUGCAUCGCUUCCAACAGAGUAGGCACAGACUCCGCAAGAUUCUCAAUUAUGGUGCACGAAGUCACUGUUGGUCCUAUCAUUAAAGUCGACAUAUCUCCACCGUCUUAUAGAGGUGUUACCGGUGACAACGUGAUGCUUAGAUGUACUUCAAGCGCUUUUGGCCAAUCGAUCAGAUGGAGCAAACAAGACGGCGAACUUCCAUACAAUUCCUAUGAGGACAGAGGCACUUUGAUUAUCAGAAAAGCUACCCCUGACGUUUCUGGUCUUUACAUAUGUACAAUUACAUCAGCAUCUGGCACAACAGGUUCCAACAGAGCCACUGUAACCAUUACAGGAAGCGAUGAAGGAAAAUUCCCUACGGCUUCGGUUUCCACAGAAAAAAUAACCUUAAACCAAGGAGGAUCCACUGACAUUCAAUGUACGGCCACUGGCGUUCCACCUCCUUCAGUGAAAUGGACGAAACUUGGCGGUGAUUUGGGCAACAACGUACAACAGUUUGGCUCAACACUCAAUAUCAGAAACGCAGCCACUGAAGAUCGUGGCGUUUAUGUUUGCGUCUCUACAAACGCCCAUGGAAUCGCGCAGGCGUCAGUCGUUGUAGAAGUGACACGUUUGGAAACACCACGAUUGGAAGUUUAUCCUUCAUCUAGCCAGAUCGUCAUUGCCGGAAACAGUGCCGUAGUCCAAUGCAGAGCUGUAGCUGGAAUUCCUUCCCCAACGAUCACCUGGACCAGAGAAAACAACUUGCCAUUGAGUUCAAACGUAGAAGAAAUGUCUGGAGGCACUCUAAGAUUCACACAAAUAACUCAACGCGAAGAGGGAGAAUACAUUUGCACUGCAAUAAACGAAGCCGGUUCAGCUAGCGUGUCUGCGCACAUAGUUGUUCACAGUCCUCCUGAUGUUAUCGUUACUCCAAGACAGGAAGUAAUCACUAGGGGUAUAGGUGAUUCCUUGAGUUUAGAGUGUCAAGGUACGGGAAUGCCUCAACCGACAGUGGGAUGGACUAAACUUGGAUCUGCGUACGCCGAUAUAACAACUGCCUCUAAUGUCAGAUCAAGUCUACCGAACGUCUCUUUCCAAAAAUUCACUCACCUAACCAAAGAAGAUGCCGGAAUCUACGUGUGUAAAGCUGAAAGCAGUGCCGGUAUUGUAGAACGAAGAGUACAACUGAUCGUAGACACUCUGCCAAGUAGGGGAGACAUCACGGGUGAAGACGCUACCUCUUCUGGCUCAGGAGGAGGCUGGAAAGACAACGAACCGUCCAGACCACAGUACACCACCACCUUCAGACCCGACUAUCCCACUAGGGAUCAAGAGUUCACAGCCGCUUUAGGUGGUAGAGCUGAGUUACGUUGCAGCAUUGGAAAUGCAGAUGGUUCAAACUUUGAAGUAAGUUGGUCAAGAACGGACGGUCGUCCAUUGCCUGCCAACUCUAUCCAACGAAGCGGAAUUUUGUACAUCGACAACGUCGAGCAAGAAGCUCAAGGAGAAUACAAAUGCACAGGUUUCGAUUCCAGUGCUAGACCUAUCUUCAACGUCAACGCUUAUCUUACGGUUAUAUUCCCUCCAAGGAUCACCCUGAUUCCUCCUAGACAAGUAGUCCACCCAGGCGAGCACGCUUAUAUCAACUGCAGCGCCACUGGCGACCAACCUAUCGAAGUCUCCUGGUCGCCUCUAGGACGUGACAUGCCCAGAUCAGUUUACACCAGAGACGGAUACAUUCGCUUCAACAAUAUUCAAUUGCAAGAUGCCGGUAGAUAUUUGUGCGUUGCCACCAAUCGAGCUGGUAAAGCAGAUGCUGUAGCUGAUGUCAUCGUAGAAGACUACGUAUCAAGGCCAGCUAUCAAAGCCGAACAGAAACAACAGCAAGCUCCUCUUGGCACCAAUGUCAACCUUCGUUGCAGAGUAGGCAAUCCCAGUUCCUCCACCACUAUCCGCUGGUUCAGAGAAGGACCCGAACUUCCGUACGGUUCCCAACAAAACGGAGAAGUCCUUUACCUUAGAAACGUCCAACAACAGGACCAAGGACGGUACUACUGCGAGAUACAGACCAGGAACGGUACAGUUAGCGAUUAUGUUGAUCUCCUGCUGACAGGACCUGAACCAACCACGCGAAGACCCUACCUCCCGCCAGAACCAAGCCUUUACAUCAAUCCUGCCGAAGAAGACCACUACGCAGGUGAAGACCUCGAAGUUUACUGUCAAUCUUCUGAACGUGGAGUUGUAACGAUGUGGUCUAAAGUAUCUGGACCGUUAUCGAACAAUGUCGUAGGUGUUACUGGUUCAUUGAAGAUCGUUAGCUUGACCCCCGAAAAUUCUGGUUUGUACAGAUGCGAAGCGAAUGGUAGACAAGGAGUGCAGUACAAAGAUUACAACCUCAAUGUAAUUGAUGACCAAUAUAAAGAUCAGCCCCCAGUACAAAUAAGGGAAGCCCAACGAGGUUCCAGUGUUAGGCUGGAUUGCAACACUGAUUUAGAUGCUGUGGAUUACGUCUGGACAAAACAAGGAGGAGAACUACCACGAGGCGUAGACGAAUUCUCGAAAUCUAUCCAAUUGAAUGACGUAGAUGGAUCCGAUGCAGGUGCUUACAUGUGUACUGCUAGCAACGGUGAAAGAAGCAUCGACAUUCCAGUCAUUCUAGUAGUAACAGGCAUCGUUCCCUACUUUACUCAGGCUCCCAACAGUUAUAUCACAGUCCCGACUCUAUCUGACUCAUACAUGCAGUUUAACUUUGAGAUCUCCUUCAAACCCCAACAGGACACUGGUUUACUCCUCUACAACGGAAACAAAGGUAGCGAUAUAAGCGGAGACUACAUUUCUCUGGCUUUGAAAGGUGGCGUUCCCGAAUUUAAAUACAACUUAGGAGCAGGAACCACCGUGGUAAGAGCAGACAGGCCUAUUACUAUUGGAGACUGGCACACAAUCAAAAUCUCCAGGAACAGAAGGAAAGUAACAAUGUACGUUGACGGAGAUGGACCCGUUGUAGCCGUUGCUGAAGGAAAAUAUACCGGAUUGGAUUUGACUGAGCAUAUGUAUCUUGGAGGUGUACCAAGUCCGAAUGGAAUAUCGCCCGAAGUACUUAAUCAUGAACAGUAUCACGGAUUCGUAGGUUGCAUCAGCCGCUUUAAGGUAGGUCACGCCCACUUAGACAUUUUACGAGAGGCGUUAAAUAAGACCGGAAUCACGACUUGCGAAUCGUGUAGCGAAAGUAGAUGCCAGAACCAAGGUGCCUGCCAAGAAGCUUUGUCCAAAGAAGGUUACAUGUGCAUUUGCUCAUCAGGAUUUAGUGGACCAACUUGCAAUAAACUUAAAGGAGAAGCUUGCUCACCACACGCUUGCGGAAUUGGCAGAUGCAUCGACACCGACAACGGCUUUGAAUGUCAAUGUCCUCUUGGUCGUGCCGGAAGAAGAUGUGAAAGGGAAAUCUCAGUAAUCGAACCAGCAUUCCAGAAUGAUGCCUACAUAGCGUAUCCGACUCCAAAACCUGCCAGGAAACUAAAACUCACCUUAAAAGUGAAACCAAAUAACCUAGAAGACGGUAUUUUGUUGUAUUGUGGUGAAAGCGAGGAAGGUUACGGCAACUUCAUCAGUUUGGCUAUACGAGACAGACAUUUGGAGUUCAGAUUUGAUGCUGGAAAUGGUGUCACUGUGAUGAGAGACGAAAAAGAACUAAUACCUGGCAACUGGCACGUACUUACAGCAACUAGAUCAUUGAGCGAAGGCAAGCUAAUGGUUGACGGUCAAGCACCGGCAAUUGGACGACUACCUGGUAAUUACAAGACCAUCAAUUUGCAAACGCCUUUGUACGUAGGAGGAUAUGACAAACAUCACGUCAGAAUUAAUGAAGGAGUACAAGUCUAUUCCGGUUUCAACGGGUGCAUAGGCGAUAUUAAUCUUGCUGGUAUCGACAUCAAUCUGAUCCAAAACAUAACGGACUCAGCCAACGUACGCGAUUGCAGCGCUGAAGAUGAGAUCGAGAAUACCAUCUCCGGUGGCAAUACCGAAAGACCUUUCAGACACGUCAGCUGUUCCAACAAACCAUGCCAAAACGGUGGACAAUGCUACCCUCUAUCGCCCACUGAAUACCAAUGCGCUUGUGCUUCAGGAUUCACGGGCAGAAACUGCGAAACCUCCGAAAACAAAUGCGAUCCUAAUCCAUGUGAGAACCAAGGUACCUGCAGUUUGAAGAAUUCCCAAUACGUUUGCGAUUGCGCCCUUGGAUUCACUGGACGUAAUUGUGACCAAGUUACCGAACUCCGAAACGACGCCCACUUCGAUGGAAAUGGUUAUCUAGAGUUUAACAGAGACCUUCUUGCUCAUCGUGAUGGCGAGCAAGAACUUGUAGCCCUGGAACUAUCCACAAACCAAUCGAGCGGACUUAUUUUCUGGCACGGGCAGACCCCAGACGAUGAUGGACAUGGCCACGACUACAUUGCCUUAGCGAUUAAAAACGGAUACCUAGAAUACAGUUUCGACCUCGGCAAUGGCGCUGUUGUUAUAAAGAACAAGAAACGCCGCAUUGAUGACGGCGAUAGACACAGCGUCAUCUUGAAGCGCGACGGUAAACGAGGAUCCAUAGAAAUCGACAAUACUUGGGUCGAAGAAGGCGAAGCAGAAGGAUCAUCGACGUCACUUAACGCCGAAGGCAACAUUUACAUCGGUGGCACGCCAAACAUUUCCAGGAUGACGGGAAAUAAAUUCACGAAAGGCUUUAAUGGAUGUAUCCACGGAUUUGAAUUACAAAAUUCCCAAAGAUUAGAUUUAGGAAUAAAGGCUAUAAAUGGCUUGAACGUCAAGCCUUGUUCUAGCUUUAUAGGCCGAGACAUAUGGUCAAAUGAUCUGGUAAACUGA